AUGGACGAUUCUGUGUUUAUGCUCAUAAGAGAUGCUACAGGCUUCAUGGAGUAUCUCAUCAAGGAGGCGUGGCGUAUUCCAGCGGUUGGUGGCGAACCUCGUCGUUCUCGCCGGCAUUCCAACUCUGCUCGAGCUCAAGAGAAAGAGAUGUCCCAGGCGGAUCUUGAACAGUUCUUUGAAAAGAUAACCUCAACCACAGAGAACCUGAAAGCUCGAUACUUCAAAUUGAAGAGCCAAGCCAGCGCAGAUUCAAACCACGUCGAGAACAGCCUUGAUGACGCCCAUCCCACCGAGGAUACCAAUAGCGAGGACAACGCUCUUCGGCUGGACAACACUCAUCUCAGCGACAAUCAUGCUAAGAAAACCCAUUCUGAGGAUAACUCUUUCAGCAAUGCUCAUCUCACCGAGGACACCUAG